CCGGGAAAGAGGCGUGGACUUUACCUUGCAUCCCAGCUCAGCCACACAAGUAAAUUUACUUUGCACAGCACGCUUACUAGAAUCCAUCGCUCCCUUCAAGUAGGGUAACAUCCACUCCCUAUCUUAUGCCUCUAACUCCUCCUGCGGUGGCGGCUCCGCCUCUCCAGAUUUCACUGCCGCAUAGGGCGCACUCUCCUGGCUUAGGCAGUGGUAGAGCGGCGUGCCUGGCCUCCCUUCCGGCCGCCAUCUCGCGUGUUCUGCUCGGUCCUCAUCCCGCUCUCACAACCCUCGUCUCCCUCCGCUCUAGCAGCGCUGCUUCCGUUCUAAGAAGAUGAAAGAAACGAUCAUGAACCAAGAAAAGCUUGCCAAGCUCCAGGCCCAAGUGCGCAUUGGUGGCAAGGGUACUGCCCGCAGAAAGAAGAAGGUUGUCCAUAGAACAGCUACGGCAGAUGACAAGAAACUUCAGUUUUCUUUGAAGAAACUGGGUGUCAACAAUAUUUCUGGAAUUGAAGAGGUAAAUAUGUUCACCAACCAAGGAACAGUCAUUCACUUCAAUAACCCUAAAGUUCAGGCAUCUCUGGCUGCUAACACCUUCACUAUCACUGGCCAUGCUGAGACAAAGCAGCUGACAGAAAUGCUUCCUAGCAUCUUAAAUCAGCUUGGAGCUGACAGUUUGACUAGCCUGAGGAGAUUGGCAGAAGCCCUACCCAAGCAACCUAUGGAUGGAAAAGCACCACUCGUUACUGGUGGUGAUGAUGAUGACGAAGUUCCAGAUCUUGUUGAAAACUUUGAUGAAGCUUCAAAGAAUGAGGAAAACUGAACUAACACUUUGUGAAUAAAAUUAAAACUUGAAAAAGCUACAUGGAGCUGCUAUUUUAUAUUGUGACUGCUUUUAUUUGAUUUUAUUUUUAUUUCCUGAUGAGAUCUCAAGAUGUGUAAUAUUUGUAAAGUCCUGAACCUGCAGCUCUUCUUCAGUUAUUGCUUGUACACAGUAUUGUUUUUGUGGCCUAGUUUAACAAGCCUAUCCUUUGAAAUGUCAGAUUGCUAAUGAAUCUCUACCUAGACACAAAUUCUGAGCAACUUGUAUACAAGCAAAACCCCUUCUUUAAUGAACUUUGGCAUACAAUAAAGAAUAUAAAAUUAA